AUGUUCUCCCUUACGCCUGUCUUGGUAGCUGUUGUCUGCAUUUUGAUUGUGUGGGUCUUUAAAAAUGCUGAGAGAAGCCACGAGCAAAGGAAAGCGGAACCUCAAACUACAGCCAGGGCUCGUCCAUGGGUGGAUGAAGACCUAAGGGAUGGCACUGACCUCCACCAAGAGGAAGAAGAUACUGAUGAAUGGCAAGAGUCAGAAGAAAAUAUUGACCACAUUCCGCUCUCCCACAUCCGGUAUUCUGAGCAGGAGAUGACCAGAAGAUCCCAGGAAUUUUAUGAACUUCUCAAUCAGAGACGGUCUGUCAGGUUCAUAAGUGAUGAACAAGUCCCUAUGGAAGUCAUCGAUAAUGUCAUCAGGGCAGCAGGAACAGCCCCUAGUGGGGCCCACACGGAGCCUUGGACAUUUGUGGUUGUGAAGGACCCAGAUGUGAAGCAUAAGGUUCGUGAGAUCAUCGAGGAAGAAGAGGAGAUAAACUACAGGAAAAGAAUGGGAAACAGAUGGGUUGCAGACCUGAAGAAACUGAGAACCAAUUGGAUUAAAGAGUACUUGGACUCAGCCCCUAUAUUGAUUCUCAUUUUCAAACAAGUUCAUGGUUUCACUGCAAGUGGUAAAAGGAAGACUCACUACUAUAACGAGGUCAGUGUGUCCAUCGCAUGCGGCUUCCUCCUGGCUGCCCUGCAGAAUGCAGGCCUGGUGACUGUCACAACCACGCCUCUCAACUGUGGCCCUCGCCUGAGGGUGCUCCUGGACCGCCCCACAAAUGAAAAACUGCUGAUGUUGCUCCCCGUGGGCUACCCCAGCAAAGAGGCCACGGUGCCUGAUCUCAGACGCAAGCCUCUGGAUCAGAUCAUGGUGACUGUGUAG